GCAAAAACCUUAAUCUCCAUACCAUUAUUAGCACAAAUAAUUAAACUCUAAAACAUGGAGUAUCCUACUAUUCUCAUCUUUCUAUUAGCCAUGUUUGUUCUUUUAACUUCCGCAUUUUCCUCAGCAAAGGCCAAAAUUUGUGAGCACGAGUUUGUUGUUGAAGCAACACCAGUGAAGAGGCUGUGCAAAACUCACAAUAGAAUAACUGUGAAUGGACAAUAUCCUGGCCCUACUUUGGAAGUCAACAAUGGAGACACUUUGGUCGUCAAAGUCACUAACAAAGCUCGCUACAAUGUCACCAUUCACUGGCACGGUGUAAGGCAAAUGAGAACAGGGUGGGCAGAUGGACCAGAAUUUGUGACACAGUGUCCCAUUAGACCUGGAGAGAGUUACACAUACAGGUUCACAAUUCAAGGACAAGAAGGUACUCUUUGGUGGCAUGCUCAUAGCUCAUGGCUAAGGGCCACUGUUUAUGGAGCUUUAAUCAUUCGUCCUAUACAAGGACACCCCUACCCUUUCCCUAAGCCUCACCGAGAAACACCCAUUCUUCUAGGGGAAUGGUGGGAUGCAAACCCUAUCGAUGUGGUGAGGCAGGCCACAAGAACAGGAGCAGCUCCUAAUGUCUCUGAUGCCUACACUAUUAAUGGUCAACCUGGUGAUCUCUAUAAGUGCUCUACCAAAGGGACUAGCAUUGUUACAAUUGAUUCCGGCGAGACCAACCUCCUCCGUGUGGUAAACGCAGCACUCAACCAACCACUGUUUUUCACCGUCGCCAACCAUAAGCUGACGGUGGUUGGCGCCGAUGCCUCUUACGUAAGGCCAUUCACCACCAAAGUCCUUAUGCUGGGCCCGGGGCAAACCACCGACGUCUUGAUCACCGGCGACCAGCCAGCUUCCCGGUACUACAUGGCGGCGCGUGCCUACCAAUCAGCACAAAACGCUGCUUUUGACAACACCACCACAACCGCCAUACUCCAAUACAAGAAAAGUUCUGUUAUGAAACCAGUGAUGCCAUCACUUCCUGCUUACAAUGACACAAAUACAGUUACUGCAUUCAGCAGAAGCUUCUUCAGCCCAAGAAAAGUUGAGGUUCCUACUCAGAUUGACGACAAUUUGUUUUUCACCGUUGGCUUGGGACUCAACAGGUGCCCACCAAAUUUUAGGAAAAAUCGAUGCCAAGGUCCAAACGGGACAAGGUUCACUGCAAGCAUAAACAAUGUCUCAUUUGUUCUCCCAAACAAGAUUUCCAUCCUUCAAGCACACCAACUUGGAAUUCCGGGAGUGUUCACCACUGAUUUUCCGGCGCAGCCAGCCGUGAAAUUCGACUACACGGGCAACGUUAGCCGUUCGUUGUGGCAGCCGAUUCGAGGGACCAAGGCUUACAAGCUAAAGUAUGGGUCAAGAGUGCAGAUUGUAAUUCAGGACACUAGCAUUGUGACCCCUGAGAACCACCCUAUUCAUCUUCAUGGCUAUGAUUUCUACAUUGUUGCUCAAGGUUUUGGAAAUUUUGAUGCCAAGAAAGAUGCAUCAAAGUUCAACCUUGUUGAUCCACCUUUGAGGAACACUGUGGCCGUGCCUGUGAAUGGAUGGGCAGUUAUUCGGUUUGUUGCUGAUAAUCCAGGUGCCUGGCUUAUGCAUUGUCACUUGGAUGUUCACAUUACAUGGGGUUUGGCCACAAUCCUCUUAGUAGAGAAUGGAAAUCGAGAAUUGCAAUCCAUCGAGCCCCCUCCGUUGGAUCUGCCUCUCUGUUAGGACCACCAAAAUCGUUGAAUUCUUCAACCCAAUAAUGAAAGGGUUGUAUUUUUUUGCUUAGUUCCGAAGUUGUUAUUAUUGGUGUAUGUUUCCCAACAUUUGGGGAAGGAUAUUUUGAUUUUUUUUUUUGUGGAUUUUUGAGUAUGUUUCCAAUAUUUUUUAUUUAGAGAAAAAUCAAAAUUGGGUUAAGGACUUUGGGCAUUGUGAUGUGGUCCAACACACACUGUAAUCUUAGCCCGAUUAGUUUAAUUGAUCCUAUGAUUAUUAUUAUUA